UGUGAAGAAAAAUUGUUGUAUAAUAAUUAGCCCAAAAAUAAUGUGAUUAUUGGAAAGCAUUUUAAUCAUUGCUGGUUUAUAUGAAAUAAUUUUUUUUAUUGCGGAAACUAUAAAAAUUAAUAAUACUGUAUAUCAAGGUUAAGGCAUUAUUAUACUACAACUUUGAAAAGUCUCCAUUAAUUAUGGAUGAGCCUGAAAUAAAGAAAUCACUUUGGGAUCCUGCAUCCAUCACUGCAUCAACUGGUGCAGUUAUUAGUUUCUUGGCUGGUAUUAUCAUUGGUCAUAAGCUGAGAAACACUGUACAAAGAGUAGCAUCUCUUGCCUCAACCGGGCCAACAAAACUGGCACUUGUAGUUAAUAACGACUUGAAUAUGGGAAAAGGAAAAAUAGCAGCCCAAUGCUCCCAUGGAACUCUGGUAGCCUAUCAACAGUUGCAGAAAAAUAACCCUAGUCUGUUGCAAGCCUGGGAGGAUUCUGGUCAGCCUAAGGUUGUACUAAGAGCUACAGACUUGAACCAACUGCAUAAAUUAAGUGAGAUGGCAGCAGCAUCUGGAGUAUUGACAGCCGCUGUGAAGGAUGCAGGAAGAACUCAGGUAGUUAGAGGUUCUCUGACUGUUUUAGCAGUUGGACCAGCAUGUGUGGCUGACAUUGACAAGAUCACAGGGCAUCUCAAACUACUAUAAAAGUGGCACAACCUCUGUAUGUAGCUUGUAUACAAAGUAAAUCAUUUCCUUCAAAAUUAGUUUAUACAUAUUAUUAAGAUCAUUAUUAUUAUGGGGAACUCUAAACCUGUAGGAUUAUACAGUGCAUGUGGGGGGAAUGGAAGGCAUUCAGGCUCAAUUCAGGGAACUGGAGCACAGAUCCAAUUCCCUAGACCAAGAGCCCCUCACCAGCAUCAAGGAACCUCCCUUGAGUGGAUUAAUAAAAACCAUUUGAGGUCUUGGGUAAGUUUAGGAAUGCCAUUAUUAUUAUAAUGAUAACUAAGUGCAAAACCUGUAAGGGUCAUACUGCAUGCUAGGAAUGCCAUUAAUGUUGAUAUAAGUUACAGAAUGGUUAACAAAUCAAGCUUUGGAAAGUUCAAAUGUUACAGUCAGUCUUGGACCAUUAUCAAAUUGCAAAUAGGUGGUUAUUAUUAGUUUUGAUUAUAAUCAAUCUUGGUUAAUAACCCACAAGGAUCUGCAAUUAGAUGAGAAAAGGGAGAGAUCAGAAACCUGGGCAGUAAGAGUGGAAGCUCCUAAAGGGUGGUUCCUUGAUGUCUGUGUGGGGGUUUUGAUCCAAGGAAUUGUAGCUGUCAUUCCCUUUGAUAGAACUUCAUUGCCUUCCACUGAUCCUUUCAGGUUUAUUGUAUAUUUGCCUUCUAUUACCCCGGCAGUGAAUCCUACUACUUUAGUGCCCCCCUCCCUUACCCCAUGAACGUGAGUAAUAGGAGGAAGAGACUAUAAUGCCAGAAAAUUUAGACUAGGAGUUGCUGCAUUGUAAUUAGGUAAUAAGUUAAAAGGCCCCUCAGGAAAGAGUUCUCAAUAUUGGCAAGGGGCUCUUUUUACAAGGAAUUGUACUUUUUUCUUUCUUUCCUGGGGGAUCAGAUCUUAUUGCCUCCCAUUUCCCAGGCACUAUGACCUCUAUGGAUUUGGAGUUUCUACAAAAUAUGAAUUUACAUGAUAAAAGUAGCUUCAUGCCCUUAUCCCAAUCCUGAGGGGAUCACAAAUGGAAAAAAAAAAAUUGGCCUACUUACUCAGGUUGUGACUCAUACAGGUUUGGCCCAUAAAUUAAUGUUUACUGGACUGCCAUUUGGGUUUAGUACUUAGAAUUGAUUACUGGCCAAGGUGACAGAAAAAGUAACAAAGGAAAAAAAAGGUGAGAAAACCAGUCAGGUCAAGGCAUUAUUCUUCACUUUUGUUUUUAUUACAUUUAAAAAUAAGCUCUAAAUAUGUAUAGGCCAUACAGCUCAUCUUUUUCCUAGCAAGGGGCAGUAGGCCUAAAACAGUGCUCCUCAUUACUCUUAAGCUUAGUUACAUGGAGUUACAUAGCUACUCCAUCCCCUCAAAAUGUAUUUUCACAAGGAAACCCUAAAGCGGUUAAGGUUAUACAGAACCUGGUAAAUGGAAGGUUAUCGAUCCAAGAGGAAAAACGGGUCCAGUUCCUCGAUAAUAAAAAAAAAAGAGCCCCUCGUCAGCAUCAAGACCACUUGAAAGGGCUAAUUUUUCUAAAUUACCUUUACUACUGGUAUUUUGUCACAUGGCCUAUAAUCCAGUCUUUUCUCUUGUGUCUAUAAUGGUGCAGGAUGGACUGUCAUCAUCAAAAGUGCCUUCUCUGAAGUGUGAGCUAUUUGCAAAUUGUUCCAGCCAUGGACUUUUGUAGGCAGAUUGACACUAAUGUUCAGCAUGUGUGAAUUUUACCAAAAUCUUAAAAUACUACAGCAUAACUAAAUGCAUAUAAACAGCUUAGUUUUGAUUAUAAUAAUAAAUAACCUAAGAGCUAAACACACAAGGGUCAUACAGUGCUAUUAGGUCAUCUAAAGAGUUGCCAGUUACCAGCUGUAAAGUCUUGAUGAAGCCUAAUGAGAUUUGAUGAUGAUGUAAAUAAAAAUAGCAUCAGUUCUAUAUUUCUUUAUUUUUACAAAAAAAAAAAUCCUGACAAGUUUAUGUUUAAAAAGUUCUUUUUAUGUGUAUCUUAAGAACAAUAUUCAGCUAAAGACAGUUAGUCAAACAAAAUAAUUAAAACAUUAAUCCCUG